AUGUCCGCCACCAAGCUCAAGAUUCUGUGUCUGCACGGCUUCACCUCCUCGGCAGCCCGGCUGUCCCGACAACUCGCACCCGUCGUCCAGGCUUCAGCGCCCUGGGCCAACUUUACGUUCGUCGACGCGCCCUUCGCUGUCGAGCCAGGAUACGCCUGGUGGCGGGCACAGGACCGCUCGGGCCCGGACGGAGAUUACGCAGUGUACGAGGGAUGGCCCAAGUCUCGUACCUACCUGCACGACAUCUUGCGGGAGCAGGGGCCGUUCGACGGCGUGCUCGGGUUCUCCCAGGGUGCGGUUGUCACUUCGCUCUUGUGCCUGAUGCCCGAGUUCAGAGACAAGUUUGGUUUUGGCGUGAUUAUUGGUGGAUUCAAGGCCCGCGAUCCGGAGCUCAGGAGGAACUAUGAGGAAAGCAACCCGGGUUUCGACAGGAGGAGUUUGCACGUCUGGGGUCGGGAGGAUGAUAUUGUGCCCCCGAGGGCUAGUGAGAAGUUGAGCGAGAUGUUCAAGAACCCAGAGCUCAUCGUGCACUCGGGCGGACAUGUUAUUCCUACCGCUGAGGAGGAGAUUGGGAAGUGGACGGCGUUCUUCCGGGAACGGGCGGGGGCCAAGGCGGCGAGGGAGGGGAGCAAGGCGAAGUACUAG